GUCUGUCAAUCUGCACCAAUGACAAAGUGAUAAUCAUAGGAACAUUUCUUACAAAUAAUAUUGCACACAGUGUUCAAUUAGUUGCUGGUAAAAUCUUCGUGGGAAGUACCUGUGCAUUAACCAUUUGAUGGAAGUACCGGCACAAUUGAAAAGCUGUUCCCACCAGGCACAGCAAGACAAAGAAGAAUCGAAUAUAAGCGGUUUCGCAUUGCAAACCGCCGGAUUGUUCUUCAGAACAUAAUCGUCUUUCAAAGCGACGAGUACUGGAAAAAGAGAGAAUUCGAAUACGAAUUAUUAUUUUCCCGAACUAGAAUGCCAUCCUACAGGCCGUGGGGCUCCAUAGAGGACGGAGCUAUUGAAUUCGAGUCUCUAACAGACGAAACCUUGGAGGGGGCACUGGAGGUCAUCAGGAAAAGCUUCUUCAUCUACGAGAACGUCUGUAAAGGCGUAGCAUUGAUGUCGGAACCUGGUGCCGCCGAAGAACUCGAAGAACUCUGUUUGGACGCUGCCAAGGACGGCGUAAGUGUAGUGGCCAUCGACGUGAAGUCUCGCGAGGUCAUCGGCGUGGCCUUCAACAAGAUACAGAUCCAGAAGAGUCCUCCAGAGAAGGGAGCGUUCGAGGUGUUCAGCGAGAACUGCAAGUACAAGGCAUCAAAGUGUUUGGUGGACUUCAUGAUCAACGUGGACUCCAGGAUAAACUUGUUCAAGCACUACAACACAGACUGCAUUUUCGAGUGCAUGUUCCUUGCAACGCUGCCCCAGAUGCAGAAGCGAAGAAUAGGCGAGUCCUUGGUGUCCUCGUCGAUAGAGGUUGCCAGGGAGCUGAAAAGGGGGAACCCGGUGAAAAUUCAUAUCCUCGAAAAGGGCAACAACAACACAAUACGGAACCAGGCAGCCGUACCAAAUUUAGUGUCUGCCAUCAUGACUUCAAACUACUCGCAGAAGAUCGCGAGAAAGUGCGGCUUCGAGAUCUUGGCAAGGGUCAGUUAUAAAGACUUCCACUUCGACGGGAUGUCCUUCAGCGACAGGAUAGGGGAUGAGCAUCGUGAUUCCAUUCUAGUAGCCAAGAGACUAUAGAAUGAAUCGACGAAUUAGGUUAUAGAACAUAUUUAUAAUAGUUUCUUUUGUGUACAUGCCGACCAAGGCCAGUCUAAACGUGUCUCAUAGUUAUAUAAUUAAAGUUGUCGUCUCCCUCUUAGCGCACAGUCAUCAGCGAUACGUGGCCUUGUCUUAUCUGAAGAAGCCUGUCGGAUAUCGUAACGUGAAUAUAGAACGAGUCUGAAAUUGUACUCCAUUUUGCCGCGUUGUAAUGAUUAUUAAUAAAAGUAUUUUUAAGCAAA